CAAUGCGGCAUUCAAACUGGUGAGUCUCCACCCCUCACCGCUCACGCUCGCCGAGGGACACGAUAGAGUCGCAGAACCGCCGUCAUAACACUGUGACUGGCCCAUCAUCCGCCUCUUCAUCUUCAUUGGAUUGCGCACAAAAAUCCUUUCCAUCCAAACACAGUCGAUGCUUGCGGGCACAAUCGUACGACCUGUCCAACCACCGCCGGCCGCGUUUGUGACCUGCAUUUGCCACAGCUACCAUGUCCAACGUGCGCGGACCCACGUCUGCAUUGACCGAAUUCUUGAAAGAGAAGAACAUUUCCAUCAGAAACACUGAUCGCUUCAGGCGCAGGGACAGCAACCAGAAUGCAGAUGUAGCUCAGAGUGGCGAAGGUGGCGCCUCCUCCCAUGCCGCACCUUCGCCACCUCAGGCUGGUCCCAGCACGUCUUCUGCCGCCCGACGUGCGCCUGCCGCCGGGCGAGCCAGUACUCGCGGAGGUCGCCCGGGUAUCACGAAGAGCGCCUCUUCGAGAUCAUCCCUGCGCUUCGACGAAGAUGAGGAUGAAGAUGAUGAUGAUCGCGAUGUCGCAGCUCAAGCAGCUCCGUCUCGAAACGGACCCAAGCGUGCCGCGGCACAGAGGGCCACUGCAGCCUCGAAGCGACGUCGCAUGAGCAAGAGCAGCUCCAUGAAUUUUGACGAGGACGAGGAUGACUCGGCAGAGGACCAAAGCUCUCUCACCGAGCAGGAAGAGGAUUAUGUGCAUCCUGUGCACGGCAAGGGCAAAGGUGCUAGAACCGCACGCGCCACUCGCAAAAGCAACAACCAUCUGGAUGGCCCCACUGUGGGCGCAUCCGGAGAUCAGGGAACUGCAGAAGGACUAGCUCCACUCGCUGCCGGUGUGAAGCGAUCUGCCAUCGGAUCUCAGCAAGAAUGUCCCAGCUGCUUCGACGAGUUCAGCGUGACUUCAAACACUUUUCACAGUGUGAGCGGUCCACUCUGCCGCAAAUGUGGAGCAAUCACUAGAGCAAAGAGCACGGUCAAAGCGCGUAGAUCUCAAAAGGAGACCAACCAAGCGAAGCUGGCAGAGGAUGAGGACGAGGCUGCCUACGCUCAGCCAAAGGGCCGCUCGCAGAAGGCUGCUGCCAAUGCUGCCCGCAAAAAGGCUCGCGCCACCAUGACCGAGUACAAGCUGCCGACGCUGCAGAGUCUCUGCAUCGACAUCAUUAGCCAAAAUAUUGAUCUUGUGGAGGAGCUGACCGGCGUCGGCAAACAAAAUAUGGACGCACUCUCCAAGAGCAUCAGCCGCAAUCGCCGACUCAACAACAGCACCCUGCAGCUUUUCCUCGAGCGCGGUGCAACCAAGCUUGCAUUCUAUGACUGCUCUGGUCUUGACAGCGAUGCUCUCGCAAGCAUCGGAGUAUUUGCGCCCGAUGUCGAGGACCUCAAUCUCCAGCUGUGCGGACGGCUCAACAACGAGGCCAUGUCACAACUCUCCAUCAAGCUCACCAAAUUACGGCGCCUUGAGCUUUACGGUCCCUACUCUGUCUACAUCAAGGCAUGGCACGACUUCUUUGACGCGCGUGGCGCGGCUUUGGAAAGCUUCAAGAUUCGCGAAUCUCCACGUUUUGAUCUGAGCUGCUGUCAAAAGCUUGUUGCUCUUUGUCCAAAGCUGAAGGAAGUAGGCUUGGCGCAGGUUGGCCCCUUGAACGGCGAGUGUCUUGGAGUUCUUCGCGCCCUGACAGGCCUUACCUACCUGGACGUCAGCGACCCAGGCACCAGCAGACCAGGCGUUCCGCCCGAAAGCCUAAAGGACGAGGAUGUCGUGAGCUUGCUUCAGAACGUUGGAUCUUCCUUGGUCACUCUCAACGUGGGAGGCAAUGCUGAACUGAGCUCCAAGACGCUUUUGGAGGGCAUUCUUGCUAACUGCAACGGCUUGAGCGACCUCAGCCUUUCACAUUUUGAGAACGAUGGUCUUUCUGUCGACGACUGGGUCGCUUUCUUCACAGGCCGCGCCGAGCGCGGCCACGCUCCUUUGACGCAUCUGAACCUCGAGCGUUGUCUCAAACUAAACGACGAGGCAUUCGAAGCUUUGUUGAAGCACUCUGGCUCCUCGCUCGUCGAGCUCAACAUCAACUCGUGCGAUGCUCUCACUUCCGACGCACUCAGGCUGAUCGCCAAGCACUGUCACAAGCUCGUCAAGCUGGAUGUUGGAUUCGUGCGCGCUUUCGACGAUAGCGUCAUCAUGGAUCUCUGCAGUCCGCAAGAAGGCUGCAGCAGCUUGCGUCACAUUUCGGCCUUUGCAUGCAAUGCGAUCUCCGACUGGAUACAACCCAAAGGCAUCAAAUUCGUCGGCAAGCAGCGUUCUGUGCGAACGACCUAGACCCGUGAACCACUUUUUCCCAUCGGCGCCGUCCUUCUCCUGCGUGGACGUUAGCAUCACGCAAAUCACAACACCGGCUUUCCGCAAAAUGGUUCUUGACCCCUAAAGCGCGGACUCCGCCAUCUUCUUUCCUGUAGCGCCGCGCGCAAUCCUACAUUUCACACUAUGCGAUGACGAGGAAAAGGAUCCCAGCCACCACACUGAUGAAUCGAAUUGACCCCUUCAGCAAGCAUAUCACGAACGUAGCUCGACGACGUAACUAGUCGCAAAGCAAUCAAACGAAUGCGAACAGAGAUGAAUUUCGGUGCGGCAACCUUGUUGCCGCCGCAACAGCC